AUGCCCCGGCACGUGUUUUUGUCUUCCGCGGUGCUGCUGCUGCUCCUCUUUGUCCCAUUGCUGGCGCGCGGCAGCAGUGAAGCUGCCGGCGCUGAAGGGACGGAGUCGAAGGAGGUUGAGCUCUUCAAACCGAAGGAGGAUGUGGUGCCCGCUGAUGGGGAAGAGGAGGGAAUAGAAGCACGCUACAAGAGCGCUUCCUCAUUCCAAGGUAGUUCCCUCGUUGAGGCAGAUGGUGUGAUGGUUGCGCUUGCUUUGGCCAUCUACAACGACGGUGUUAGAUACGGCACGUAUACUGACAUGUGGGCAAAGUGGCACCCGUACGGAGGCGGCAGUAAGAUGCCAAAAGGCGCUGCAUGGGAUAAUCACUGGAAAACGCAGCUUGUGACUGAACCGUCUGCCAAAGAGGGCCACCAUGACGUAGUGCGCAGUCCCAAGGCUGUGGUGAGGGGAAAUAAAAUAUUUGUUCUUGCGUCGAACUUCACCGUUAUUACCAAUGGUGCUUCGGGGCCUGUAACUUACUGGGGCCUUGAGCUGAUUGUUGGUGAGGUUCGGAAGACCGCAGAGAAUGAUGUGAAGCAAGUCUCAUGGAAGAAGACCAGCUUGCCGAAGUCUACGCAUGAAGCGCCGAUGCAGCAGCAUUCGUGGGAGAGGCUGGAGGCUGUUGAUGGGUCCAGAGGGGUUGCAGUUGGGGGCAGUACGAUUGUUUUCCCUCUUUUGGCCACAAAACGAGCCUACGAGGGAAAAGAAGGGGAGGACAUAACCGCUUGCACCGUCAUUUACUCCGACGACAAUGGCGUGAGUUGGAAAUUUCCUGCGCAAGCUGCGAUCGCCAAUGACUGCGCUUUCGCCAGGCUUCUCGAGUGGGAGGGGAAACUCCUCAUGGUCACCGCGGCCCCUUCUUCUUCUUCGUGGCGCAAGGUGUACGAAUCCGCUGACAAUGGGAAGACAUGGACAGAGGCUAGCGGGCCACUCUCGCGCCUGCUGAGGGACGCAUACGCAUUACCGGACAUCUAUGGUUUUGUGGAGUUCAUUACAGCAACAAUUGAAGAGAAGACUGUGCUGCUGUGCACCCAGCUGGUGUUCAUUCACAGAACAGAAGAAGGGGGCAGCGCACCAAACGACACCCAUAAUGUAAUUCACCUGUGGCUCUCUGAUGGGGCUCGGAUAUAUGAUGUUGGGCCAAUAUCUGUUGAUGAUGCGGGAUUCUCUUUCAGCACGCUGUUGCACGCAAAGGAUGGGUUGUUUGCCCUCUACUCGAAGGAAGGGGAGCAUGGAAGGCCAGGCAGUUUUGUUUUUAAGCCGCUCACGGAGCAGCUGCGUCACAUCAAGACCGUAUUGAGUAAAUGGAAGGAAGUUGAUGACAGGGUCUCAAAGCUUUGCGGCUCCACCACCACCGCUGCAAUGAAGGAUGGCGCAGAAGGUGCUGGCUGUGUCGGUCCUCUGCCAACGGCCGGGCUGAUUGGAUUUUUGUCCAACAACGCCAGCGAUACUCACUGGAAUGACGAGUACUUUGGGGUGGGCGCCACGGUGCCUACGGGGACGAAGAAGGUUGAGAAUGGCUUCCAGCUGGCAGGGCACGGCGCACGGAUUGCGUGGCCGGUGGGCAGACAAGGACCCAAUUCAGUGCGCAGUUAUGUGGGUGAGGAGCUGACACUUGUGGCGACAGUGAUCAUUGACAAGGUUCCCACGGCCGCCACCCCGUUGCUGGGCGUGAGCAUGCAUGGUUUUUCACCCAGGAAACAUCUCGUGCUGCGGUACGACGAGCGUCGGCACUGGAAGACGAGGUUCGGGGAAGAAGAGAAUGCAUCAGCAGCUGCCGUGGGAGGUGGGGACGGU